AUGUCAACUGGUUUCUUUGGAAGUUCGCAUGAUAUAUGUACUUUGUCUGAGUGUGAGCUUGGAAAAUUCCCAGAGCAAUUCUUUUCUGAUGAUGAGUAUGUGUUGGCAGACGCGGCAGACCAAGAGUUCAACACCAAGAUCUCAAGCAUGCAAGUAAAAAUUGAGCAUGCAUUUGGAAUCUUGAAAGAGAGAUUCUACUCUCUCAAAUCAAUCCCUGUUUGCGUAGCCUUGAACAAUUUCCUGAUGUGUCAAGAUGAUGACAAAUGGUCUCAGGAAGCCAAGCAUCGAUGGGAAGAUAGAGAGAAAGCUGAAGUUGAAUGCCUGCGGAAGACAGGAUAUUCAGAGGAGUCUGGUGUAGUAGAUGGAUCCCAGAAUAUAGACUGA